AUGCUCGGCUCUCUGUCUCAGCUGAUUGUCUCCAGCCGAGAGUUGUUUUUUUUCUCUUGCAGCUCUGCGGAGUCGAGCCCGGGCGAUCGGGGGGCGGGCGGGCGGGGUGGAGAGGGUGGCGGGGGGGCUCGGGGCUCGGGGCGCUGUCAGGGCACUUGCUUGCGAGGGGUGGGCAGGUGGGUGGGGGACCUGGGGCCGAGCCUCGACGGCGCCUCUCUUCUUCUCCUUGCGGUUCGCGCGCUCCUCCGGCUCCCCCUCAUGAGGGCGUCCGUGGGGGCCCCCGCGGCCGGCCGCGAGCCCUCGACGCCCGCCGCCGCGGUGCCCGGCUCGGUGCAGUUGGCGCUGAGCGUCCUGCACGCCCUGCUCUACGCCGCGCUCUUCGCCUUCGCCUACCUGCAGCUGUGGCGGCUGCUGCUGCUCCGCGAGCGGCGCCUGAGCUACCAGAGCCUCUGCCUCUUCCUCUGCCUGCUGUGGGCGGCGCUCAGGACCACCCUCUUCUCGGCCGCCUUCUCGCUCAGCGGCUCGCUGCCCCUGCUGCGGCCGCCCGCCCGGCUGCGCUUCCUGCCCCACUGGCUGCUCUACUGCUUCCCCUCCUGCCUCCAGUUCUCCGCGCUCUGUCUCCUCAACCUCUACCUGGCCGAGGUUAUAUAUAAAGUCAGAUGUGCCACUGAGCUUGACAAACACAGAAUUCUUCUGCAUUUGGGCUUUAUAUUGGCAAGUCUCCUCUUUUUAGUGGUGAACUUGACUUGUGCAAUGCUCGUCCAUGGAGAUGUCCCAGAAAACCAAUUGAAAUGGACUGUGUUUGUUCGUGCAUUAAUUAAUGACAGCCUAUUUAUUCUUUGUGCCAUUUCUCUAGUUAGUUACAUAUGCAAAAUAACAAAAAUGUCAUCAGCAAAUGUCUACCUCGAAUCAAAGGGUAUGUCUCUGUGCCAGACAGUCGUUGUAGGCUCUGUAAUCAUUCUUCUCUAUUCUUCAAGAGCAUGUUAUAAUUUGGUGAUCAUCACCAUAUCUCAGGAUACAUUAGAAAGUCCAUUUAAUUAUGGUUGGGAUAAUCUUUCAGAAAAGGCUCAUAUAGAAGACAUAAGUGGAGAAGAGUAUAUAGUAUUUGGAAUGGUUCUCUUUCUGUGGGAACAUGUCCCAGCAUGGUCGAUAGUACUGUUUUUUCGAGCACAGAGAUUAAAUCAGAAUUUGCCACCAGCUGGUAUGAUAAAUAGUCACAGUUAUAGUUCCAGAGCUUACUUUUUUGACAAUCCAAGACGGUAUGAUAGUGAUGAUGACUUGCCAAGACUGGGAAGUUCAAGAGAAGGAAGUUUAACAAAUUCACAAGGUUUGGGCUGGUAUGGCACUAUCACUGGAUGUGGCACCAACAGUUAUACAGUCUCUCCUCACCUAAAUGGACCUAUGACAGACACUGCUCCUUUGCUCUUCACUUGUAGCAAUUUAGAUAUGAACAAUCACCAUAGCUUAUAUGUAACACCACAAAACUGACAUUACUGAGUUGUGAUUCUGGUUGCUUUUAAUGGAUGUGUUUAUGCAAUGUGUUUAAAUUCCAGCUACAUAAACAUUCCUCUCUGUUGUAACUGAAAACAAAGUCUGGAAAUCUAUUCAGCAAGGACGCACAGCUGUGAUUUUUUGACCUCUUCAACAUAAAAUGAAGUAAAAUGGAAAGGUUGACAAGAGGGGUUAGAUCUUAAGGUACUUGAUGACCUCCAAACAUCUUGACUUUGGAACGCCUAAUGCAUAUUUGCACUUUUAUCUUUGUUUUGAAAGAGUACACUGCAGUCCCCUAAGUCACACUCCACGCUCACAUUGAGAUAUUUAUAGUAUACACCAAAUUAGGAGGCAAUGUUCCUGUUAAAACUAAAGUCGGGGUUCCCGAGCACCACCAGAAUAACCAGGGUCUUCCCUGGUACCAUGGGCCCAGAGCAGCACUACAUCUUUGGGCCCUCACGUUGACUCACCUGCCAUGUUGGCCAAGAAUCAAUUACUAGGAGGAGCCUCCCUCUUGGUAUCCUGAGAGUGACCUUCUAAUAUAUUGAAGUCCAUAUAUUUAAUGGUGUGCUUUAUGUGGGAUUCUUCCCCAAUAAAAAAUUUUAUAGUAUGAACAGUGUGCAGAAUUAAGUCCUAACAUUGUAUUAUUCUUUUUAAACGUCUACUAAAAUAGGUAAAUGUUGAAGAUAGUUUUUUAAGCAUGGUUAUAAAAUACCAAUGGAAAUUAAACAAUCAUAUGAAUAAUAGCAAUGAUCUUUACAAUGAUUACCAGCAGUGUUCUUUGGGAAGCCACAGAUAUUUCUUCAAGAGAAAGGUACACCUCUGAAAAUGAUAUGGCUACUUGAAAUAGAAUUGGUUGUGAUUAUUUUGUAUGAUUCAGAUAGAUGUAGUAGUUUAAGCAUGAUUCUUCAAGAAAGCAAUAGUGAUUUUUUUCAUAGGGAGAUUUUGGUAGAAACUUCUUGGGACUAAACAAGUUUACAGUUGCAUUUAAGAAUACCUAAAAUGGGGGGCCAGAGCUGUAGUACAGCAGGUAGGGCAUUUGACUUGCACACAGCUGACUCAGAUUUGAUCCCUAACCUCUGUAUGGUCCCCUGAACCCACCAGGAGUAAGCCCUGCGUGCAGAAACAGGAGUAAACACUGAGCACCACCAGGUGUGCUCCCCCAUAAAAAAAAAGAAUACCUAAAAUGUACAACCUUAAAUUAAAAAUGUAAAUUUAUUUUCAGUAUUCGAUUCAGCUUAUACAAGCUAUAACUGAUCGUAACCUAUUGAAUCAAGAUUGUCCUUAGGUAAAUUUAAUCAUGACACAUUGUUGCAGUGAACUCAAGUGCAAUACUUUAUAAAGCAUAAUUUCCCUUUGGCUUUCACAUUUUGAAUCUUGUUUAUUAGUAAAGCCAAAUUGAAUUGAAUUAAUUCCAGUAAUAGACUAAAUGACCUUGUGAAAAGGUACUAAAUAGAUAAGUAUAAAACCAGUGGUUAAUAUCAGAAUACUUUUAGUAUUACAUUCAAACUAUCUUAAAUGUCCUACCCUCAUCUAAAAAGCGUAUAUGUUAGACUAAGGUAAUAGAGAAUUUUAAAAUGCACUUUCUACCAGUGUCUAUGUAGAAAGAAAUAGAUGCUGAAUACCUCAAGAUGCCAAGGGAACAGGCAACAUGGAAUGUCAUCACAGAAUGCUUACAGAUGGUUAACCAUAUACAGUUGUUUGUCAUCUAUUUCUUCAGAACAGGAAAACAUACAACUGACCUUUUUGUUGUCUCCUUUUUUUGUCUUCUACUUUGAGUUGGAGAGUUGUUUUGUUUCUACUCUUACUUUAAAAGCCUCUCAACUGUUUAAAAAUUGAUGCAAUAACAUCACAAAAAGUAUAAACAGUAGGUGAGUUCCCAAGAGAUAAAUAAAAUUUUAAAUGCUAUCAAUUUUUUGUACUAUGAACAUAGCAAAAAAUAAACAAACUUCUUUUUAUCAUACAAAAUAAAUUCAACCAGAGGUAUAAACUUAGGCUACUUUAUAAUAAAUUCUUCCCUUGUAACCAAAUUAUUUUAAUGUUUAUGGUACAGAAGUUAAUUUUAGUAUUAAAAAUAUAAUGCAUAUUUAACUGAUAAUAUUUUAUUACAACUUCAUUAUUAAAUUUCUUUUCCAAGUACCUACUAUUCAUUUUCAUACUAAUGUUAAUUACCUAAUUACCUACUGUUAUCUGAAAAGAUGUGUUGUCUUUGCUCAUUGUUAGGGUUCGAAGUGAUGUGUUCUCUGGCAAGGCUUCCCUGUAUAUUGUUCCUCUGUGCCUAUAUAAGCAAAGAUUACUUUCAAAAGAUAGCUCAGAUAAAAUAAUUUGCUUAUUUUAGAUGAAUUGAUUAUUCCAAAUUUGAGAUUUGUAAUUUUUAUUCUCAUUACUGACAUGGGUACCCAGAAUCUUGUAUUUGUCUCCACCUACACAUUUGCCACAAAACAUCACCAAAGACAAAGCUUUGAAAGAAAAGAAAGAUAAGUUUCUGGCCCAAAUUUUGCUUACAAAUUCCAAAGCACUAGGAGCACUUUAAGUUUAGUCCUUGAAAGAAGUAAUCGUUUAUGAAAUCAAAGGGCUACCAGCUCCCUCUUCAUCCUGCACUGAAGCACAUGAUGAUCAUAUCAAACCUUCAUUUUUGGUUCAUUGAUUAAAAGUAAUUUUCAUUGCUUAAAGUGUGUGAUUCUACGGUGAUUAGUAGUACUUGUUUUCCUGUUUCAUUUGGGUGGCCAUUAAUUUUGAAACUGUUACCACCCAUUUUAGCUGGUUGUAGUUUUAUGAAAGAUGUAAUUUAUAGCUAAAGUGGCUUUUUUAUGCAUAGCUGCCUUUUUUAUUGUUUAACAGUGUUUCUCAGCUAUCGAACCAGUGUCAAACUGGUUUUAAAUAUAUAGCUGUGGCCAAUGAAUGUAUUUAUUUGUUGUUUCACUAAAUUGUAACAAAACACUACUGUUAAAAAUAAAAGUGUUUGUGCUUUUAUUUAGA